CAGAACCAGGAGAUGGACCAGAACCAGAACCAGAACCAGGACCAGGACUCCUCAUCCGGCAGGACUAAAGCUGCUGGUCUGCAGAAUCCUAAAGGAACACCCAAAAGAUACAGCUGUGAUCAUUGCGAGCAAGUCUUCACCACUUCAUCAAACCUGAAGAUCCAUAAGAAAACUCACACUGGUGAUGAACUGUACAGCUGUGAUCACUGCGGGGUGGCUUUUACCCGACAAUUUGAUCUAAUAAACCACCAACGUAUUCACACUGGAGGAGACAAGCCUUACAGGUGUGAUCAGUGUGGAGCGGCUUUUGCCCACCAAAGUUCUCUAACGACUCACCAACGCAUUCACACUGGAGACAAGCCAUACAGCUGUGAUCAGUGUGGAGCGGCUUUUGCCCAACAAGGUAACUUAAGGAAACAUCAACGUAUUCACACUGGAGAGAAGCCUUACAGAUGUGAUCAGUGUGGAGCAGCUUUUGCAGAGCAAGGUUCACUAACGAGUCACCGACGUAUUCACACUGGAGAAAAGCCUUACAGGUGUGAUCAGUGUGGAGCGGCUUUUGCCGUGCAAGGUCAUUUGACGAGACAUCAACGUAUUCACACUGGAGAGAAGCCUUACAGCUGUGAUCAGUGUGGAGCUGCUUUUGCCCGGCAUGGUCACCUAACGACUCACCAACGCAUUCACACAGGACACAAGCCUUACAGAUGUGGUCAGUGUGGAGUGGCUUUUGCCGAGCAAGGUGUUCUAAAGAGACAUCAACGUAUUCACACUGGAGAGAAGCCUUACAGGUGUGAUCAGUGUGGAGCGGCUUUUGCCCAACCAGGUGGUCUAACAAGACACCAACGUAUUCACACUGGAGAAAAGCCUUACAGGUGUGAUCAGUGUGGAGCGGCUUUUGCCGAGCAAGGUGCUCUAACGAGACACCAACGUAUUCACACUGGAGAGAAGCCUUACAGGUGUGAUCAGUGUGGAGCGGCUUUUACCAAUCCAAGUCACCUAACGGCUCACCAACGCACUCACACUAGAGACAAGUAGGGAUGGGAAUUGAUAAGAUUUUUUCGAUUCCGAUUCCAUUUUCGAUUCUGCUUAACGAUUCGAUUCUUUAUCGAUUCUCUUAUCGAUUCUCAUUUGGAAAAAAGGAGAAGAAACAAUU